GAGAGGCUGUGCGAACGCCGUGCCGCCAGCGGGAUCUCCAGCGCUCUCCUGCACACGCUCAGUGCUGCGCCGGCGAAUGGAUGUGUUUACCGCAGGGAGCCGCCUGACGCUGCUGUGCUGAGCACGACCCGCCGCCACACAUGGAGCAAACUCUGAGCGUCAACUCGGACGGAUCUGCGGCGGUCUCCGAUGGCGAGCUGAACAGCGUGGACCUGAAGGGCUGCGGCAGUGAGAACAGCCUGAACAGCAACGCCAGCCUGCCCAGCGUGCAGAGCCACCGGCGGCACACGGAGCGGCGUGUGGCCAGCUGGGCCGUCUGCUUCGAGCGGCUGCUGCAGGACCCCGUCGGAGUGCGCUACUUCUCGGAAUUUCUGAAGAAGGAGUUCAGCGAAGAGAACAUUCUCUUCUGGCAGGCCUGCGAGUUCUUCAGCCACGUGCCUGAAACCGACAAAAAACAGCUGUCUCAGCGAGCCCGCGAGAUCUACAACAGCUUCCUGUCCAGCAAGGCCACCACGCCGGUCAACAUCGACAGCCAGGCCCAGCUGGCCGAUGACAUCCUCAACGCCCCCCGUCCAGACAUGUUCAAGGAGCAGCAGCUGCAGAUCUUCAACCUGAUGAAGUUUGACAGCUACACUCGCUUCCUCAAGUCCUUCCUGUACCAGGAGUGCAUGCUGGCGGAGGUGGAGGGCCGACCCCUGCCCGACCCCUAUCAGAUCCCCAGCAGCCCCGCCUCCAAGCACAGCACCAGCUCUGACCGCUCCAACCUGUCCACGCCCAGGAAGGAGGACAAGAAGUCGAAAUCCGGGAGGUGGCUGAACGAUGACAGCAGAGAGGACCACGGCGACAAGAAGAAGGGGCUCUUCUCCUGGUCCCGGAACCGCAGCUUCGGCAAGGGGCCCUCCAAGAAAGGCCACGCAGACUUCAAUUACAAUUUCUCGGGCAGUAACGGCAGGCGGGAAUCACAAGGCUCUUUGUCCUCCGGUGCGAGCCUGGAGCUGGGCACUUCCUGUUCGGGCGGAGCCAAUGAGGGCGAUGUGUCCAGGCACUCGAUGUCGGUGUCGGAGAGGGAGAGAUCCCUGAAGCACUGCAACAUCCACCUCCCGGACGGCUCCUGCAGCUCCGUGCCCGUCCGCCCCGGCGUCUCCGUCAGGGAGCUGCUGGUGGGCCUCUGCGAGAAGCUGGGCAUCAACCUGGCCGCGGUGGACCUGUUCCUGGUCGGGGGGGAGAAGCCUCUUGUCCUGGACCAAGACUGCUUGACUCUGAGCGCGCGGGACCUAAGAUUAGAAAAACGCACUUUGUUCAGGCUAGACCUUGUGCCCAUCAACCGAUCCGUCGGGCUGAAGGCCAAGCCCACCAAGCCGGUCACAGAGGUUCUGCGGCCUGUCGUGGCUAAGUAUGGCCUCAACCUGGGCGACCUGGUAGCUAAAAUCAGCGGAGAGAAGGAGCCCUUGGACCUGGGCGUGCCCAUUUCUAACCUGGACGGGCUGCGAGUGGUUCUGGACGUGGCCGACCAUGCCAUGGGCAAAGACAAGCAGAAACUCGUUUCGUCAAAAAGCCACGCUCCACCCCUGUCAGCACGAAGUCAGUCAACAACAGGGGAUGAGAAAACGUCAGGAAAGUGCUCUUCUGUGAAAGCCAGAGGGGAAAACAGCAAGGCUGCCAGGGAGGCGCACCAUUUCAGACACGACGAGUCAGGCGCUAAGGUGGAGAGGAGAAAGCAGAAAAAGAUUAAUAUAGAUGAAGCCGAAGAAUUCUUCGAGCUCAUAUCCAAAGCUCAGAGCAACCGAGCUGACGACCAGCGAGGUCUGCUGAACAAGGAGGACCUGGUUCUGCCGGACUUCCUGCGGCUGGCGCCCGAGCCCGCCUGCUCCACCCCGGCCUCCCACAAGCCGGGCCCGCGGCGGGGCAGGGAGAACGGCGCCGGCGGCGAGGCCCACCGUAGCUCCCUCAACGCCAGCCACCACUCCCAGAGCCUGGACUCCACGCUGGGCCACAGAGACCCCAACAGUGCGCGGCGGGGGCCCCAGCCCUUCCCCACCGCCCUCUCCCCCAUCCCCCACCACGCGGACUCCCGGGACGCGGCCCCGUGGGCCAGGCCAGGCUCAGACUGGAAGAGCGCCGGCGUCCAGACGGUGGAGGACGACGCCCUGGCGGACUUGACUCUGGUGGGGGAGGGGGACAUCACCAGCCCCAACAGCACACUGCUGCCCCCCUGCCCCACCUUGCACCAGCUCAGCCUGCCCGAAGCCAACCUCACCCCCCCCUCCCCCUGCCACAGCACUGAGGAGAGCCGCGCGGACACCCGCUCCAGCUCAGGUAUAUCUGGAGUGUGAUGUGCCCCCCCCCCCCUCUGUGUGCUGUGUGCAGUGCCCUGGAUUGCUGUGAUCUGAAGACCAGUGCCACCUGUCCCACAUAACCCAGUAUACUGACUUAAAUGCACUUUAUAUC